UAUUGAACAUGAGUUUGCGUGCAAUUCAUGCUUAUAAAAUGUUGUCCCCAGCUUUACUUAGCUUAGUAUUCUAGUGGUUGCUUUAAAAUGAAGGUAGACAUUGUGCUUCUUGCCAUCGGGCUAUUGGUGGCUUUUGUAAAUGUAACGACAGCAUUGACUUUUGACGAGGAGAGAUUAUCGCUUAAGAAAUUUGUGACCUCUGCAGAGCGCAUUCGUUCGCAUGGGUAUCCCACCGAAACGCACACUGUUGAGACCAGCGAUGGCUAUUUAUUGACACUCUUCCGUAUACCUUACUCACACAAAUUGAAAAAUCAACGUUCCUAUCGUCCAGCUAUACUCUUGCAACAUGGUUUAUUCAGCAACUCAGAUUGUUGGUUGAGCAGCGGUCCCAACGAUUCGUUGGCCUAUCUACUAACCGACGCUGGUUUCGAUGUCUGGCUGGGCAAUGCACGUGGUAAUAUUUAUUCACGCGCAAAUUCUCAGAUCACUUUCAGUAGUCCGAAAUUUUGGAAAUUCAGUUGGCAUGAAAUUGGCACUAUCGAUAUAGCCGCCAUGAUUGAUUAUAUACGUGAUUUUACCGGUCAACAAGCCGUGCACUAUGCCGGCCACUCACAAGGCACCACCGUGUAUCUGACGUUGAUGUCCACGAGACCGGAGUAUAAUCCUAAAAUCAAAACGGCACAUCUACUGGCACCGUGCGCAUAUUUUGCUCAUGGCAGUCAUCCUAUUUUCCAACUGGGCGCUUUGGUUGGCACGCCCGGCGGUCUGUGGAAUACCAUACUCGAAGAUAUGGAAUUGAUGCCGAAAAAUGAUAUUGUCAAUCGUAUUGCAGAUACGCUCUGCGGCGUACAACCGAAUUUAGGCAAGCAGUGUAAAGAUGUUGUGUUAUGGUAUGCCGGCGAUGGUUAUCGCAAUACAAAUUUGACUUCCUUGCAAGUGCUAAUUGAAACCCAUCCAGGUGGUUCAUCCAGUAAUCAAGGCAUACAUUACCUUCAACUCAGCAAAUCGCAUAAAUUCCGACAAUUUGAUUAUGGCACUAAAAAGAAUCGUCAGAUUUACAAUCAAGAUACCCCACCAGAUUAUGAUUUGAGCAAGAUUACUGCUCGCACUUACUCAUACUCCAGUGCUAAUGAUGCUCUGUGCGGUCCGCAAGAUGUUGAUACUUUAGUGGGAAAUAUGUUGUUGGUGGAGGAUUAUCGUGUACCAGAUCCGUCAUGGAAUCACAUGGACUUCAUUGUAGCAAAUGAUAUGCGGGAGGUGAUCAACGAUCGUAUUGUGAAGGCUGUUAAGUCCUAUGAGAGGAUGUAAUACGGUUUAGGACGAAAACAAUUGUACAAAAAAGGAUAUAAAUUUAA